UUUUAUAUUUAUUUGUAGUCACAACGGGAAGAUCUCCCUUUAGUAUUAUUUCCAAAUAGAAAAAAAAAAAAAUUUACCACUCGGAUAAUGUCCGAGUCGCCAGACGCGCAAGCACCCAAGGAUGAGCCUGCGGCUCCCGCUGCCAAGGAGGAGGAUAAAGCGGCAGCCCCUGCUGCUGCUGCUGCUUCUGCUAAGGAGAAAUCUGGCAAGGGAAAAGACAAGGACAAGGAGGGCAAGGACAAGGCGGCCAAGGGAGAGAGACAGACUGGCAGCCAGCGCCAGUCCAACACUGGGGGCGUGUUCAGCCCCAUGGGCAUGGCUCCGCAGCCAAAGCCCACAAUGCGCUUUAUGCCCACCUAUCGCCUGGAGCCCAAGAAUCCCCUGAACAAGGAGCAGGUCGAAAUAAUCAUGAAGACGGUGAUGGACAAGCACUACAACGAUGCGUACUUGUUCCACCCAAAGCACUCGCUGCACAUGGCAGCCCAGAUAAGCGAGGAGAUUAAAAAUCGCAUCAAAUUAAUGAACUAUGACAGAUAUCGUUAUAUAGUGCUCGUCACUGUGGGCGAGUGCCUGAUGCAGGGCCUCUAUUCGAUGGUCAACUUCCUGUGGGAUGCUGAAAAGGAUGGAUUCGUCACAUAUAAGGUUGAGCAACCUUCGUAUUAUGCUAUCUGCACAACCUUUUACAUAUAUUACGAUUGAACGAUUCAACUUGCAUUGUUAUUAAAUCAAACAUUAGUGCCAUAUCCAUGGCAUGGUUUAUUACCUUCCUCCAUCUGGGAUCGGAUCGGAUUGGAUUGGAUUGGAUCGUUGCACCGCACUAAAACUCACUUUUUGUUUAAACACCAGAACUUUGAACACAUUGACAUUGACAUUGUAUUUGGGAUAGAUAGUUGACGAUUAUAUUUUAUUUAAGUAUCAGUAUAA